AUGGCCACCGUCACCACCAAGACCGGCCAGGCGGUCGAUCGCCUGGUCCUGGACUCCAUGCUCCGCCGCCGCAUGUUCUACACCCCCUCCUUCGAGAUCUACGGUGGCGUGUCUGGUCUGUAUGACUAUGGCCCACCCGGCACCGCCCUGAUCGCCAACAUGACCGACCUGUGGCGCAAGCACUUUGUGCUAGAGGAGGAUAUGCUUGAGGUCGACUGCACCAUGCUCACCCCCCACGAGAUCCUCAAAACCAGCGGGCACGUGGAUAAAUUCGCCGACUGGAUGUGCAAGGAUCCCAAGACUGGCGAGAUUUUCCGCGCCGACCACCUGGUGGAGGAGGUUCUGGAGAACCGGUUAAAGGGGGACAAGGAGGCGCGCGGCCAGAAGGUCGAGGUUGACGCCGAGAAGGAGGCCAAGAAGAAGAAGAAGUCGAAGGGCGAGACCAAGGCUGUCAAGCUGGACGACGCUUUGGUCCAGGAGUACGAGUCAACUCUUGCUCAGAUCGACAACUUCGGCGGCCCCGAGCUCGAGGAGAUCAUCAAGAAGUAUGAUAUUCGCAAUCCCGCCACCGACGGCAAGGUCGAGCCCCCCGUCUCCUUCAACCUUAUGUUCCAAACCUCCAUUGGUCCCAGCAGCAACAUGCCGGGCUACCUGCGGCCCGAGACUGCCCAGGGCCAGUUCCUGAACUUCCAGAAGCUGCUUGAAUUUAACCAGCAGGGCAUGCCGUUCGCAUCUGCUUCCAUUGGCAAGUCUUUCCGUAACGAGAUUUCGCCCCGUGCUGGUCUGCUACGUGUGCGCGAGUUCCUCAUGGCCGAGAUUGAGCACUACGUCGACCCCGAGGGUGGCAAGAAGCACCCCCGCUUCGCCGAGGUCAAGGACAUUGAGAUGUCCCUGCUUGAUCGCCACGUGCAGCUGUCUGGCAGCACCAAGACCACCAAGAUGACCAUCGGCAAGGCUGUUGAGACUGGUCUGGUCGACAACGAGACCUUGGGUUACUUCCUGGCCCGUAUCCAGCUGUUCCUGCAGAAGUUGGGUGUUGACUACAACAAGCUGCGCUUCCGCCAGCACAUGGCCAACGAGAUGGCCCACUACGCUGCGGACUGUUGGGACGCGGAGCUGCAGACCAGCUAUGGCUGGAUUGAGUGUGUCGGCUGUGCCGAUCGUAGCGCUUACGAUUUGACCGUGCACAAGAACAAGACUGGUGCCCCGCUGGUCGUCCGUGAGACCAGAUCCGAGCCCCUGCGCGUCGAGGAGUGGCAGAUCGACCUUGACAAGAAGAAGUUCGGCCCCCGCUUCAAGAAGGACGCCAAGACUGUCGAGUCGGCCAUUGACGCCCUGUCGCAGGAGCUGCGUGAGAAGCUGGCCCUGGAUCUGGACCAGCAGGGCAAGAUCGAGGUUGAUAUUGAGGGUGUUGGCUCUGGCAAGGUUGAGCUGGAGAAGGACCUGAUCAAGAUUGAGAAGCGCACUCGCGUGGAAAACGUCCGCGAGUACACCCCCAACGUCAUCGAGCCGUCCUUCGGUAUUGGUCGUAUUAUGUACAGCAUGAUCGAGCACGUCUACUGGUCGCGUGCUGGAGAUGAAGCUCGUGGUCCUCUCCUUCCCCCGUCCAUCGCCCCUACCAAGGUCCUGCUGGUCCCCCUCUCUACCAACCCCGCCUUCAAGCCUCUGACCCAGGACCUGAGCUCGAAGCUGCGCCGUCUGGGUGUCUCCAGCCGUGUGGACGACUCUUCCGCCAGCAUUGGCAAGCGCUACGCCCGCAACGACGAGCUGGGUACCCCCUUCGGUAUCACCGUCGACUUCCAGUCCGUCAAGGAUAACACCUUCACCCUGCGCGACCGUGACACCACCAAGCAGGUGCGUGCCGGCGAGCAGGAGAUCCUUCAGGCUCUUAAGUCUCUCGUCGAUGGCGACGAGACCUGGGCAGAUGUGGCCAAGCGCCUGCCCGAAUUCACUGGACAGGAAGUCGAUUGGUCUGUGGUCCGAAUUAAGCUCCGCGGAAUCCCCCAAUCCGGCCUACUGCGCCAAGAAUCCGGGGCAACCUCGUCGCAUCCUCCAUCUGUCCUCUUUGCCCCAGGACAGAGCAAGUUCCACCUCAGAACGAUGGCGCCCACAAUCCAUUCUGCCAAACUCACCCUCUCCUGCCCGCUAUUCGCGGCAGACUUUGAUCCGCGCAACAAUGAACGGCUACUCGUUGGUGGCGGAGGCGGCGAAGGUCGCAGCGGAGUCGGGAACAAGAUCUCUUUGAUUGAUGCGUCACGUCGGAAUGAGAUUACCGAGGCCGUGGUGCUCAACCUGUCGCGCGACGAAGAUUCGGUGACGUCGCUCGCGGCAGCGCCACAGGUCGGCGAUGAGGAGAGCUUGCUGGUUGUGCUGGCGGGCAUCAACAGCUCUGUCGCAGAACAGAAGAAAAACAACAAUGAGCAUAUGCGCUCUUUUCGGUUCGAAGCGCCGCAGAAGAAGAAGACUUUGAUUAAGGUCAACUCGGCGGAUGAUGCGGAGCGGGAGGCCUCCAAAAGGGAUAAGAAGGGAAAGAAGGACAACAAAGACAAGGAGAAGGUGGUAGAAGAAGUCAUUCCUGGAAAAGCAAAGGAACUCUCACGCGCUUCGCUCUUCCGCCCAAAGGAACCCGGUGAUACCUAUCAACGAGUGCUGAGGCUGUCUCCUUGGAGCAGCCAGGAUACCAGAGUCGGCGCUAUUGCGACCGGUCUGUCACCGUCGGGAGAGGUUGUCUUCUUCCAAGUCACAGAACGCCCUACCGAUUCGGACGUUAUUGGCCGUAUUCGUCUCGGCAGCCACGAAGAAGCGGAGGAUGUGGACCUUGCCAGCCUCCAGCAUGACCCCGAACAGAAGGGAGAUGCCCGUGAUAAAUUCCGCGUGGCUUAUACCAAUGGCGUCGAGGUGAUGGUCGGCGAGAUCUCGUCAUCCACUCGCUCUAAUGCCGCUCCCGAUGUCAACUGCGUCUUUACCAUUCCUCUGCCCAGUAGCGGUGCCCGUGCUGCACGCCCCAAGUUCCGUGCUCUGCGCUUCCUGUCCCCAACCGCCCUGAUCCUUCUCCAGAAUGCCCCAGACCGCAGCGGUAGUGAGCUGGUCAUCCUCCGCCUCCCAACAGUCAAAAACGGAAAGGCAACCAUCCUACGUCGACGCAAGCUGCCCCGAGGCGUCAAGAUCGGCCUGGGCCUUGACAUCUGCUCGCUCGGCACAAACCCAGCCUGCCAGCAGCAAACUAUCAUCGCCGUCAGCGGCAGUGACAACUCCAUUUCCCUCUGGACUCUAGAGUUCGGUCCAAACAAAGGCUACGGCGCCAUCCGGCCGCACGCUACACUCCGCGACGUGCACCCCUUCUCCAUGACGAAACUCGUCUUCUCCCCCUUCACCGCACCCGCCCACCCCAUAACCCCCGACGUCCUCCCCCAAAAAGUCAAACUCGCUUCCAUCAGCAUGGGCAACACCGUUGUCGUCCACACCCUCCCACUCUCCCCCUUCCCCGCCUCCUCUCGCACCCCUCGCUACGUCCUGGCCCUACCGGGCCCCUCUGAGUUCUGGGAAGGCCUGUACUUCAGCCUCGUGCUGCUCUGUUCGCUCUUCCUCAUCAUAGGGACGAUGCUCGCCUUCACCGAAAUCCGCGGCGGCACCCCGCCCGUCCUCGGUGUUACGCAGUGGCUUCCGCCGUCCUGGCGCAGUGCCAUCGCGAACGAGUACACUCCGCCCGCGCCGGGCAAGGGCUCGUAUAUCGACUACCUGCUCUCGCCCAAGGGCCACGACGCACUCCCCGCUGUGCGGACCGUCCCGGACGCAAGCCAGAUCGAGAGGUUAAAGGAUAUCCUGGACCGGGUACACAGCGCUGGCGCUGCGCCGGCUGAUAUCGAAACUGUCAGUCCGCGGGCUCUGUCUGUUAUUGUGCGCUGCCAUGACGGCCAGAACGCGGAGCAGAGCAUCAUCGUCGAGACGGCGUCUUCCCAUCGCGUUUUCGGAGAUGAAUCCUCCGAGGCGCACAAGCUCCGUGCUUGGAGGGAUCUCAACGCUGCGGACCAGCUUGCGUGGAAACAGCGUUUGGCAGAUGCCGGCCGCUGGGCUGCGAGUGAGGGUGAGACUGUGUUGCAGGGUGUGUUGUUUGGCGAGGCCUGUGGGCAGCUGCAUCAUGCGGUCCAAGAGGGCUUGCCUUGA